AACUUCCGCUCUGAGUAGCUCCAAAAAAUCAGUGUAAAAUUCUGCACGAACGUAUCUGUGAGUCAGGUGUAGACAGAAUUCGUGGCGGCCGCUUGUUGUUGAAGUAUGCAUUUAUUAAAACGUGCGCGUCAGAAGACAAUAAAACGCCAACGUCAGCGUUAGUUAAUAAUAAACGCACGCUAAGAAAGUUAUUUCAUAGAUAAGAUGGAUGGAACCUCAGAUUUAUUUUUCCAGGCGAUGCUGUUUACGUUUCUUGCAAUCACAGUAGCAGCGGUGUUUCUGGGAAGAAAUAAAACUCCCGCGCCGUCGAAGUGCUCCCAUCAAACUAGCGCCGUUGUGGAGGAGAGAGCCGGUCCAGAUCCUGGAGGUUCCUCACAGUGUCGUGAAAAACGACAUAAUGAAAGCAAUCAACAGGACGUUCAGCCGCAAUCUAAUGCGAAGAGCCUCAAAGCCAAAGAUGAAACUAAACUCGCAAAGGAUUCAAACUCGGAUAAUGUGGAAAAAGUUUCCCAGUCAGAUUCUCCAGUUCCCACUUCCACUGGUCAGGAAGAGGAUUCCUCGGAGUCUGGGAUAAGGAAUGCCCUGAGGGAUUAUGCUCACUCAUCUGAUGCUGAGGAAAAGCCUUUGAGAUACAUGGCUGGGAUGCUGAGGACCUGCCAGCUUGAGAAGAUGAUGACCAGAGAAGAACUGGAGGAAGAGCAGAGGGUUCAGCGAGAGCAGUUAGCUGCCAUCUUCCAGCUGCUCAGAGACAAACAAGACACGUUCGGUGAGGUGACAGAGAGUGAUUUACAAGAACAGCUUAAACUUUACUCUAUUUGACAGUGCGCUUAUAUGUAGAUCAUAGAUGCAGAAAACCAUUUUAAGGCGAGUCGAAAUCAGUAACUUCAGUUUUUUACUCAGACGUGUAUAUAUGUAUUUAUUCUUCAUUGUUAUGCACAAUAGAAGCAGUCACGGGUUUAGUAGACAAUUCAGUAGUAGCCUUUUUGCAUUCUUUUUAUUCUCUUGCUGUAAUGAUUAUGGCGCAUGUCAGUUCAAAUUCCUUGUUAAAUGCAGUAUGAAUUAAACUGAAAUAAAAUCCUAAAUCAGCUAAAAUGA